AUGGCGGACGGCAGCUCAACUGAAGGUUUGACCUAUUUUUCACUAUAUUUAAUUUAUGUUAUGUAUCGAUCCUUUGUUGUAAUAGACUAAUUAUUAUAAACUAUUACUUUUUUGCCAGCUCCUCAAGAGCAGGUUUCAUUGCUUCCUCCAGAGGAAAAUAGCCAAAGCCAACCCGCCGAGGUUAGAAAGUCUGCAUGCAAAGGCCUGUCAAUUAAUCUUUACUUUAAUUUCAUGUUUAAGGCUUUGUGCCUGUAGCACAAGUACUAUAUAGAAGCCAGAUCUUGAGUCUUUUUCAAAAAACGUAGCGAAGAACUUAUUACCUUUUUUAUUUUUUACUUUAUUUACAAUUCUGAAAUAAGGGAUUUUUGGUGUAAGACAUUUAGAGGACUGUUGCAGCUUACUUAUUCAGUCUCCUUGUAGGUCCAUUUUUAAGGGAAGAGGCUUUAAACGACUCCUGUCUAGUGUUCCCCUUGGUUCAUAACAAGUUCGCCUUGCACACAUACUUUACCUCUAAUUUGAAAAUCGCAGUCACCUGACAAUCCUCAGGCAUCCUUUCAAUUCAUAAAUCUUUUUAUGUUAAUUACAGGCUCCGCAGGAAACAUCUCCUCAUGCUGAAAUUGGAUUGACAGAAAAUGUGCAGGUAACUAGUGGUUAACGAUUGUGCUGGGAAGGUCUGAGGUUUGGUUGUUGUUAAUGAAUUUUGCAUCACAGCAGAGAAGAGCUUGUGUGGCUCAUGACCCAUUCUGCAUAUCUUGGCAGAAUUCGACAAGAUCUUUUGCAUUAAAUGCAUGCGCAUCACAUGCAAACUAAACUGCUGGAUUGCAAACAGUGAUACAGUGUAUUCUCUUUUAAUGGACACCUCUAUGAGAUGGACACCUAGAGUCUGUCCCUUCCUUUCCUUACUCCUAUUAUUUGACACCACUCUUGGACGGACACUUAGUGCAGGUCCCAAAGAUGUCCGACUAAGAGAGAGUUGACAAUACUCACGCUGACGUCACCUAUCGAUAUUAAUAUGCCAACAGAAGGGCAUUAGUUCUUGAAACAAAAGGUUCUUUUGUUUCACUCAUGACGAAUUUGAGUAACCAAAACACUGUUUGUAAACAGUGAAGUUUCCUAUACAUUCUAAGCUAGUUUCAUAAUGUCAUCCUAUUUGCAACUUUAAAAACAAGAACAGAACUGUAGCCAAUAAUUUGUCUAGCACUUGUUUCUGGUACCAUUACUGGGGAGACACUGGUCAGCUAUUAGUCCCUGUAGUGGACCGGAAGUCGUUCUACAUAUUGCAAGAUUAUUAUGGGAUGAAGUAGAACAGGAGGACAAAAUAUGUAUGUGGUGCGUAAGGCAGAUUAAAAGCAUGUUGAGUUGUUGACUUGUCCUAUAUUCUGAGACAAGACCAUUAUGGUCCCUAGCUGAACAGUCCCAGAAAAGAUAGGCACUGCAAAUGUGUACUUUUAUUGGAAAGUUUAAACUAUAAACAUCAUUUCCUGGUCAUUUCAUGGCUCUUGAAGAAAUGAAAGUAGCUGGUGAAACCUUGCAUAGAAGCCAGUGAAGUUCGCCAGCUUCCGGCUCUUAUAUACAACGUUGCCUUGUAGAAAAAGUAAAUCCUUGCAAAGAAUAGUGAAAUCCACAAAGCCAGUUUUCAACUGUACAUGUUUUUUUUUGUGUGUGUGUUUUUCUCCGGCCUGUUUGACUGAAUCAUUCUUGGUUAUGGUUUGAAAGGGGUCAUCCUGCUGUACCAGUUAGAUGUCAAAGUUGUCUACAGCUGUCAAAAUGAAUGACAUUACAAGUGGUACAAGGAGGUGUUCAUGGGUGAAUGGGUUAAUGAGUGAAGUGCAUAGGAGAUGUGCUCAAGGAAAAUUUGAAGGAGCUGGCUCCUUCUUCAAGGUAGUAUGCUUGUCUCCUGCAGCUGAUCCAUGAAGGUGCACAGAGGAUAAUAGUUUACUGGUGAUAAGUUAGCCAUAGUCUAGCCUGGAUAGCAGGCGCCGUGGUGUUUUUUUAGGGCAAAAAGGAGAAAUAUCGAGGGCAGGCACAUGCAAGGGGAGAAACAAUAUAUAACCCAAAAAACUAACCAGCCUUUGCCUUGCAGGCUAGCUAUAGUCCUGCAAAUGACUUUUGCAUUUCAUCCAGGAAGAGAAGUAAUAUUUCUAGGGUCUUACAAUACUGAAGCUGGGAUGACCUCUGGAUUGCAAGCCUUUUGUAAAUGCUUUUGUUAAGGGCUGCAGGCCAGACAUUUUGCCUGACUAUUAGAAAUGUGAGGCAUGGCUUCACAACUGGUAGAAGCAAUCUGUGGAUGAUACAAGGAAAUGCCAAAGCCACUGGCUACUCAUUCCACUUCCUUGUCUUCUCCUCAAACGUAGUGACAGUUCUGGUCACCUUAGUUCCAAAAUUAAUACUAUUAUUUCUUUUUACAUUCACCCAAAGAAAAUGGUGGAAAAAGAGAAAGAAGCAGCUGAAAAGCCAACCAAACCAAAAGUAGAGCUGCAGUCUUUGCCAACAAGAGCAUAUCUGGACCAGACAGUGGUACCCAUUCUACUUCAAGGCCUCUCCUCCUUGUCCAAGGACAGGUAAACUAUCUUUUGACUUUUGUCAAAAGUGGCUUUCCAAACUGGUUACUUCGAAAAUGACAUGCCAGGCUCUUAUGCAGGUGUUUUUACUAUUAAAUGCAGGUAUCAAUGUUUAGACGGAGAGGGGGUACGGGCAUAGGUGUGGUAACUCUUCCUUUGUCCCCUCUCUGGGGAUUUUGACCACAAAUGUUGACUUAUACAGCAGUUUUGGUAUUCCCAGAAAGGGAUAUUUUAUUUCUCUCUUAAGGGUUGGGAAUUCAACCAAAAAAUUGUAAAAAAAAAAAAUUCAAAUGCUCCACCUAUGCCCUUCCCUCCCCCCCCACCCCCUCUGUCCAAACAUUGAACAUUACCUGCAUUAGAACCCUGUCAGUGAUGUGUGCAAACUAUUUAACAAUUAUUCCUUGAGCCCGAAUGGGCUCUGAGUCAAUAGGCUAAAGACCGAAUGGGCUAUUGACUCAGAAGCCAUGAGGGGGAGAGGAAUAAUAUUGUUUUAGUAAAAUCUAACAAGUUGGUCAAAAAUAUCAAGACAAAACAACUUUAGCUAGCAAAAAACACAAUUCAGCCGCCAUUGUUUUGGUUUUCAAAGCUGACGCUUUUUGCUGGUAGUGGGCUAUAAUGUAUAGCCUAGUAGUAGCUCAACCAAUCAGGGUGCAGCGUUGAUAACAGACCACUAGUUGCAUUUUACUAAAUAGGAAUAGACUGACCUGGCUGAGCAGUCCCAAUAUUAAUGAUUAUUUUUUUUAUAAUGGUAGAAUUUUCUUUCUGACUCACUAGUCUAGCCAGCCAUUUCUUACUAAUGGAAAGUUGUCUUAAAGAAAACUUGUACCAAACCUAACUUACAUCCUUUGGGAGAGGACAGGAAGCGCAGAACCAGGACAAAAUGAAACCAUUUUCAAAUGAAAAUUGGCUAUGAACAUGUAGAAGUUUAAUACAGACAAUUAGGCUUUGUUCGUACUUGUGCUGUAAGGAAAAGAAAUAACAUAAUUUGUUUCAAGGCAAAUAAUAAGUGGAUCAAAAAACAAGAAAAAUAAGAACAAAAAUAAGAAAAAAAAUAAGAAAAAAAACUCCUGUUUUGGCUGUGCGCAUUCAUGAAUUCAAACUGGUGUGAAAUAAACGCAUGUUAAGCAACCACAAGACACUGACUACUGCACAUGCAUAUGUCACUUGAAUUUAACAAACAAGUAUCCACACAUAAAAUAACACCAAAAUAAAUGUCUGCUAUUCUCAUUGCUGACAAAAUUUGGACUGUGACGUAGGAAAUAAGAAACUCCAGUAAAUUCCGUUGUGUUGAGUCUGCUCCCUAUUGGCAUUAUGCAUUGAGGCCCUUGCUUAGAAUUGCUCAGUUUUUGCCCACCUCUUGGCCAGUGCAAUGGAGUUUAGUGGAAGUGACUUCAAAGUUUCUUCCCUCCUACCUCCCCUGGUGGCGGUUGACAUCGCAUACGCUCAUUAUUCAGCAUGCCUAUUGUCCUGGCAGUUGCGGUUUACUCCCUUAACUUAGUUCCCCAUGACACUGAAAUAUUAUACUAAUGAAUAUUUAAAAUUUCCAGUACAUUUUUAUUUAAGGCGCGGCUCAGUACAUCUUUGGAUAUGAUUUUUUUAAUAGUCAAAUUCUGUAAAGUAAUUGUAGAAGUGCAAGAACAAAGCUUUGUUAAUUCUACAAUGGAUAAUUUAGAUUUUGGUUUGACUUUUAAAUUAUUUUGUCUCAUCAAGUACCUAACAAGGAUUUCACUUUUACAUUUGUUUUUCAGGCCACCAAAUCCCAUUGAGUACCUUGCUACCUACUUGCUGAAAAACAAAGAUCAGUAUGAAGACAGCUAGUCAGUGGCACAGUUCAUAAUAUAUUUGUAAAUUAUUCAUGUGGGAAGCAGCAUGCCACUUCCUCAUUCCCUCUCAGUAGAAAAAAAAUUCACAGAGCUAACAAUGUGGCAAAUGUUUUAUGAAUUAUCAGCAAAGGUGUUGCAAUCUCUUUUGAAGCUGAAUUCUUUAUCAUUGUUCUUCUAUGAGUCAAGGAUCCAUCUGAAAGUUUUGCAGUCAAAAAAGUUCAGAUGCACAGUAAACUUUUAUGUCAUUUGUGAGUAAAUAUUGUCCAGGGGUGAGUGCUUUUUAAUGCACAAUAAUAUUGGAGGUUAUGAUAUCAGUUCUAUAUCUUUCACAGUUCAUUCGUUUUUCAUAGUUAACUAUUGUGAAACUUUUGAUAGCCUGUCUUCCUCACUUUGGAAUCUCUCUAUGUAUGUAACAUUUCACAAAAGUGUUGGAAUAAAGAAGCUUGUAAUCCAGUG